AUGUCCAAUUUUGAUUUUAAUGCCAAAUCAUUUGAGCCUGGCACUGGCUUUAAGGGCAGGCAGGGAUAUGAAUCUCCUACGAGCCGCAGUAGAAAGCCACGUGGAAAUUUCCGCAAGGGUAAACCAAUGUCAUAUGAAGAAUACAUGUUUUCACGCUCGCAGUCCCAAAGAAGCGUAAACAGUUCGCAAAACUCUUCUGGAUACAAUACACCAACUUCCGCUGCAAUGUCUACAUCAUCGUCUAUGUCAUCUAUCACCUCUGCUCUCAGCAAAUUGCAAAUAUCCCCGAUUUCCGAUGAUUUGGAGAAAUUACAUGCAUGCCAAAAACUUCCAGAAGUCCGUGAAAUUUGUAAAAAUAUUGCGGAUGAAAUAGCAACCGCAGGCGUUCAUGUGAUUGCUGACUGGAAUAUUUUGGAAACAUUACGUGCUCUCAAUCAUUCAAAAAGUCAAUUGAUCAGGGAUGCGUCAAUGAUUUUAUUGGAUACCAUUGUUCAGAAGUUUGCAGGAAAUGUUCCUAAGGAGGCUUACUUUGUUCCGUUGUUUGAGGCGGCACUUGAUGCAUUUGCCGAGAAGGGAAAGACAACCAAAAGGACAGCCAAAGUUGCCAUCGAGAGUCUUUAUGAAAUGUUUCCAACCGAGGGAAAGGCCUCGGUUAUUGUGGAUACACUUCUCAAAUAUAUGAAAAGUGGUGCCAAAUGGCAAAGUAAAAUCGCAGCUCUAAGACUUUUGGAGAAGUUGGAAACUGACUGUCCAGCAGAUGUUAUGGAAAUGAAGUUUUAUGAUGUUAUUCCAGUAUUAACAGACAUGUCAACUGAUUUUAAGCCAGAAUUAGCGAAGGAAGGAUUAAAAACGUUGAAGUCAUUUUUGAAAAUUCUUGACAAUCUUGAUUUAGCUCCGAGAUAUGACUUGAUUGCAGAGACACUUUCCAAUCCUCAAAAAGUUUCUAGCUGUAUCAAGGCUCUUUCUGCAGUGACAUUUGUUGCCGAGGUUACAGAGCCUUCUCUUUCGAUGAUGGUGCCGAUCUUGGAUAAAUCUUUAAAGAUGGCUACUUCUACUCAGGAACAGUUGAGACAGACCGUCAAGAUUACUGAAAAUUUGACCAGAUUGCUCAACAAUAAAAGAGAAAUUGCUCGGUUCCUAUCUAUCCUUUUACCCGACAUUCAGCAUGUUGUCAAGACUGCUGCUCAACCAGAAGUUAGAAGGAUGGCUUCCGAUGCGUUAAAAGUUUUAGAAGAUGCAGCGGCUGAGGAAACGGAUGGACAAUUUCAUGGAAAACUCAACCUGGAGCUUACUAAUGAUUAUUUGAAAUUCUUGGAGCCUAAAAUAGGGGACAGAAAGAUAUACGAGUACUUAACAGAGAUAAUGAUGACGGAUGCAAAUGUUUGGGACUGGAAAUCCAUUACUGAAUAUUUGGAUAUGGCGUUGAGUGAACAGUUCCCUGAAGAGUCUGAAAAAAAGGAGGAAAUUUCAACCUUGGUUCACAAAUUAACAGAACUUUUAAACCCAAACGCUGUUGAGACGGCCGUUGAUGGUGAGACCGUUAUCGUGAAUACCGACUUCUCGCUUGCUUACGGUACAAGGAUGCUUUUGAGUAAAACAAACAUUCGGCUUGUCAAAGGCAAGCGUUAUGGUUUAUGUGGUAGAAACGGUGUUGGUAAGUCAACACUUCUGAAGGCUAUCGCAAAUGGUCAAUUAGAGGGAUUCCCCGAUCAGUCUGAACUUAGAACAUGCUUUGUUGAGCACAAGCUACAAUAUGCACAUUCUGAGUUGAAUUUAAUAGAUUUUAUUAGGAAGGAUCCUGCUUUAGAAGGCACUUCGGGAGCAGAAGUUUCUAAGGCAUUAGAAGAUGUGGGCUUUGAUGAGGAAAGAUUAAAACAAAAUAUUAGUUCUCUCUCUGGUGGAUGGAAGAUGAAACUUGAGUUGGCUAGGGGAAUGUUGAUGAAGGCUGAUGUGCUUCUUUUAGAUGAGCCAACAAACCAUUUGGAUGCACAGAAUGUUAAAUGGCUUGAAGACUACUUAUUACAACAUAAUGACAUAACUUCUUUGAUUGUUUCCCAUGAUACCGGAUUUUUGGACACUGUUUGCACAAAUAUCAUUCAUUAUGAAAACAAAAAAUUAGUGUUUUAUAAAGGUAACUUAUCCGAAUUUGUGAAGGUGAAACCCGAGGCUAAAGCUUAUUAUACCUUGACAGACUCCAACGUGAAGAUGAAUUUCCCCAAACCUGGUAUUUUGACUGGUGUGAAAUCUAAUACAAGGGCUGUCGCUAAGAUGUCAGACGUUACAUACACUUAUCCUGGUUCGAGUAAGCCUUCUUUAGUUGACGUGUCAUGCUCAAUUUCACUUUCAUCAAGAGUUGCUGUUUUGGGGCCGAAUGGAGCUGGUAAAUCUACUCUUAUCAAACUUUUGACGGGAGAGUUAGUUCCAGAUAAAGGAACUGUGGAAAAACAUCCUAACUUGCGUAUUGGGUAUAUUGCACAAAAUGCAUUCCAUCAUGUUUCUCAACACAAAGAAAAAACUCCAAAUCAAUACUUGCAAUGGAGGUACAGAUUUGGUGAUGAUAACGAGGUUGUUUUGAAAGAAUCUAGACGAAUCACGAGCAAUGCCGAAAAAAAAAUGAUGGAGGGAACAAUUGAUGUUGAUGAUGGAAGAGGUCCAAGACAAAUAGAGGCUUUGGUUGGCAGACAAAAGCACAAACGUUCAUUCCAAUAUGAGGUUAAGUGGUUGAACUGGCUUCCAAAAUGUAAUUCAUGGGUGACUAGAGAAGUCUUGAUUAAACAUGGCUUUGAACCAUUGGUUCAGAAAUUCGAUGAUCAUGAGGCCUCCAGACAGGGUUUAGGAUACAGGGACUUAACACCUACUGCAAUUAGAAAGCAUUAUGCUGAAAUUGGCUUGGAUUCAGAGAUUGUUGAUCACACACCAAUUGGUUCACUUUCGGGUGGUCAGCUAGUGAAGGUUGUUAUUGCCGGUGCCAUGUGGAAUAAUCCUCAUGUUUUAGUUCUUGAUGAACCUACCAAUUAUUUGGAUAGAGAUUCUUUGGGCGCAUUGGCGAUCGCUAUUAGAGAAUGGGCUGGCUCAGUGGUGAUGAUUUCCCAUAAUGCAGAAUUUGUUGGAGCAUUAUGUCCGGAACAUUGGAUUGUUGAAGAUGGAAAACUUGUCACAAAAAUGGUUGCCGAAUUAGAUGCAUCGAAGUUUGAGGAUCAUGGUGGUGAGAAAGCAAUGGAGGCAUUCGAAAAUGCUAAAAAAGCGGCUUUGGUGAAGGAUGAUUCGUCUCCUGCAGAUAUUAAGAUCAAGAAAAAGAAGAAGAGAAAAAUGACAAGAAAUGAGAAGAAGGCACAGGCAGAAAGGAGGAGACUUCGUUACAUGGCUUGGUUGAGCGCUCCAAAAGGAACACCAAAGCCUGUGGAUAGUGAUGAGGAAUAA